AUUUAAUAUUUUCUUGCUCUUUUGAGAUCUGUUCUUCUUUCACUAGAGUAGACAAUGGUCUUUCAUGUACAAGAUUAUGGCUAAGCAUACAAUCGGCGAAAAAGGAUCCGCACCUUUGUUCUGUUGAACCGCCGUCUUCCGUAACAAGAUUCAAAUGCAGACUAGGGCAUUUUAAUGAUAUUCAUUAGGACUGAAAAGUUACUUUAAGACAUUUCUUUAGCGCUUACGCAGCCCAUCACGUUCUAAAUUUCGCAGAAUGCACACCGUAAGACUUUGAAAUCCUUUUGACGCACUGAGGAUUUCGUGAAAACUUCCUCAAGUGUCCUCCCACAUGUUUUUGUAAGAAUUCUAUGACUUCUGUUGCUCAAAGUUCUGAUCCAGAUGUUUUCUAAAUGGAUAAACAGAGAAAUCAAUUAACGGGAGAAAACCCUUGACAUCCUCAUCCAUCUUUCUAUGCAAAUAACGCGAAGUUAGUGAACACGAAGCAAUUUUAGACAAGUACGUCCUAAAUGAUGUAUUUCAUCGAAGCCGAUCGGUCUGAAUACUUUAAUACCCGAGCUUAAAUGAUGUGAUCUGGGUAUGUUCUCGCAGUACGCCAGCGCUGUUUUAUCCAAUUAACUAAAUGCAGUGUAUUACGAAAACAAGUUUUUGAUUUCUUGUCACCUGAACGAAACAAAAGCUGUGGGCAGCGCGAACAUAAUAUCUCGGUUGCUAACAGAUUAUGACGUUUACAUUAUUAGGCACAGCGGAACUGCUUUUUUCAUUUUGAAAGGAGGCAACUGACUAAACGUGCAGAUGAAUCAUUCGAACGGAUCAUCGUUUAAUUCCACAACGCCGCCGUUGAAAAACAUCGGAAACGAACAAGAACUUGUUGGCUCCGAUGACGCAACAUGGAUUCUAACCAGCGCUUUCAUUAUUUUCACAAUGCAGUCAGGUUUCGGUCUCCUCGAAUCCGGGAUGGUUUCCAAAAAGAACGAAGCUAAUAUAAUGGUGAAGAAUGCAGUGGAUGUCAUUUAUGGUGGACUGUCCUAUUGGCUCUUCGGGUUCGCGCUCAGUUUCGGAAACAAAGCGGCUGGGAAUGGUUUCUUUGGGGUUGGAUAUUUUUUCACGGACGCUGAUGACAGUGAAAUGGGGCAGGUGUUCUCAAAGUACUUUUUUCAGCUUUCAUUCGCAACGACAGCUACUACAAUCGUCUCGGGUGCAAUGGCAGAAAGGACAAGCUUAAAAGCGUACACGGUUUAUUCAUUCAUUAACACUCUAACUUACAGCGUCCCCGCUCACUGGAUCUGGGCUGAAAAUGGCUGGCUUGCCAGAAUGGGGGCAGUCGAUAUCGCCGGCUGCGGAGCUGUGCAUUUAGUUGGGGGAGUAAGCGGAUUGGUAGCGACGAUGAUGUUGAAGCCUCGAACGGGAAGAUUUGAUCCAAAUUCUCCACCUCAACAGAUGACUUCACCUACAAAUGUUCUCCUGGGAACUUUCAUGUUAUGGUGGGGCUGGUUGGGUUUCAACUGCGGUAGCACAUUUGGAAUCAGUGGCAUGAAAUGGAAACUUGCGUCGAGGUCAGCGGUCGUCACCAUCAAUGGCUCGAUUGGCGGAGGAAUUCUGGGAAUGGUUUACAGCUACGUUUUCUGCGAUAGGAAAUUGAACAUAUCUAUCUUUGUUACUGGGAUUCUGUCGGGACUCGUCAGUAUAACAGCCAUCUGUUCUCUCGCCCGUCCCUGGGAGGCUCUUCUUAUCGGUGCGAUAGGCGCCAUGUUGGCAUGUCCCGGAUGUAAGCUUCUCGAGCGGCUUGAAAUUGAUGAUCCUGUUGGUUGCGUGCCGACACAUGCUUUUGCAGGGAUUUGGGGCUUAGUCGCCGUUGCCUUUUUUACCGAGAAGGACGUCUUAGAAAAUACAUUCUCCGGCGAGUUUGGAAUAUUUAAAGGUGGUCCAUGGAAGUUCUUAGGAGUUCAGCUGCUUAUGUCUCUAACGAUGACUGCCUGGGCUGCCACUUCAACCUACUUAGAGCUCCUAUUGGUCAAUCUGCUAGUGGGAAUGCGUAUGAACGAAGAAGAGGAAUUACUGGGCGCAGAUAAAGUUGAACAUGGAAUUGAGCCCUUCGAUGCAAACUCCUCAGAUUGGCCCGACGUCCUGAGCGGAGGUGAAAAUGUAGUCGAAAGUAGACUGGAAUCGAUAGGGGAAAAUCCCGUGAAUUUACAGAACGCUGGAAGUCGAGACUCUUUAUCGGAGAUAGAAAAUGGACAGAAAGAUUCUUUGGCAACUAUUUGCAGUCGAAGGAAACAAGUCAACACUUAAACACGAAGGCGCGCUAUAAAAGGAGCCUUAGGUCCCACUGGACAUUUGUCAAUCAACCGUCGUGUGAUGUAGAACUCUCAGAGUCUAGUCAGCUUGAGCUACAACUACUCCAAAGUAGUCAACAGCGGGCGCAUUCCUCAAAA